GGUUUUGUGCGUGGAUCGUCAAUGGGUGGGGACAGGGAACCGGGGACUGACAGCUUUUAGGCACAAUUCCGGUCGGUGAACUGCGCCAUUUGCAACAAGCUGGGUCUAUAGUUGCUGCAGUUAGUUCCCAGUCGCUUCAUUCCCCCAACUUCAUCAUGUUCCAAAUCGGCAAGCUUCUGGGCGGUGGCGGCAGCGGCAUAGCCGGACAACUCUUGCAAGGCCUGGCAGGCGUGAUUGGCCAAAUGUCCAGCGGACCGGCCGAACAGCCCCGCCAUGUUUCACAGAUUGAGUCCUCUGAGAACGACGAGGAAAGAAAGUUCCGGCAAAUCUUCAAACGGCUGGCUGGAGAUGACAUGGAGGUUAGUCCCACAGAACUGAUGAACUUGCUCAACCAAAUUAUAUGCAGACAUCCCGACCUCAAGACUGAUGGCUUCAGUUUGGAGUCCUGUCGCAGCAUGGUGGCUGUCAUGGAUUCUGACAGCACUGGGAGACUGGGCUUUGAAGAAUUCAAGUACCUUUGGAACAAGAUUAAACUAUGGCAGGGUGUCUACAAAAGAUAUGAUGCUGACAAGUCGGGCACAAUUAACAGCCAAGAGCUACCUGGGGCAUUUGAAGCAGCAGGAUAUCCCCUGAAUGAAGAGCUGUACCGAUUGCUGUAUCGCCGAUAUGCCAAUGAGUCUGGAGACAUGGACUUUGAUAACUACAUUGCCUGCUUGGUCCGGCUGGAUGCCAUGCUCAGAUCGUUCAAAGCUUUGGACAAGGACAACAAUGGAUGCAUCAAAGUCAACAUCGUAGAGUGGCUGCAGCUCACCAUGUAUUCGUGAAUGUUGUCCUCAACGCCAGUCCUUCGAAGAGUGCAAUGGACCUUGGCCUUGCUUGCCUGACCUACGUGGAGAAGAGGUCCUUUGCCAGACUGAGAAGGAGUGGGGAUGUGUGCGGGGGAGGGAGCUGAAAUAUCUAUAUAUAUUUUUUCUGCAUGUUGGCUUUUUAUAGUUACUGAGAUUCCCACUUGUUGGGGAUGUUACUGAUUCUCCGAAGGCAGGUGUACUUGACUGUUCCAAAAUCCACUCUGUAUCUGCUAGCUUUCCAGAGCUGAGGUCCACGUGUUUGCAAGUCUGAACUUCUGCAGAAGCAAUACCGCAAACGGGAAAAAUAGAGCACUUUUUCUUUUAAAUGCAAUGUUGAAUUCAGAUCAGCAUUCUCUGUGCAGAUGCCCCAUCCCAUGGCUUCCCUGCAUCUCCUGUUUCCAGUUUCCUCCCUUUGGUUUCUCUGACCCCCCUUUGUUUGAACAUGGAAGAUCUAGGAGCAUUGAUAAAAUGAAAAAAGUGGACUUUCUGUGUGACCAAAUGAUACACUUUUUUUUAUGGUAAAUCGGAUAUGCUAAC